AUGGCGGACUCUCAGAUGGAAGUAGACGCUGCUCUUGAAACCCCCGCAUCCGAUGUAUUCAUACCCCCCUCGAUAAACCAAUCUUUACUACUAUCCGGUGCUUCAUAUCAACAUUAUUCAGAUGUUCCUCCGUCACUUCUUCCUAUACCCAAUACCGAUGCUUCGAAACCCGAUGCGCCUCCAGCUCCUGGUCCACCAUGUGCUUUAGGAAUUGAUGAAGCUGGGCGUGGUCCUGUUCUGGGUCCCAUGGUAUACGGACUAUUUUAUUUACCAUUACCUCUCUCCGAUCCUUUGUUACGAAAUACACAUCACUUCGAUGACAGUAAAGUCCUUACUCCGACCGUUCGAUCCGAGCUUAUGGAGAAGCUCUGCACGCCAGGUUCAGAUCUGUAUACACAAUGUGGUUGGGCGGUCGACGUUAUGUCGGCGAGAGAUAUUGGUGCCAACAUGAUGAAACCGGCAACAUACAAUUUGAAUGCCCAGGCUAUGGAUUCUACUAUCGCAUUGAUUCAGGGUGUGAUGGAUAAAGGUGUCAAUGUGAAGGAAAUUUAUAUCGAUGCGUUGGGAAAUACAGUUACGUAUCAGAAGAAAUUGGAACGGAUCUUCCCUACAGCUCAAAUCACAGUUGCGAAGAAGGCGGAUAGUUUGUAUCCAUGUGUGAGUGCGGCAAGUGUAUGUGCAAAGGUUACCAGAGAUGCUGCUCUAGAGUCACUGUACGAAAGCUACUUGAACAAAGACGGGGACGAGAAGAUGGGCGGAACGGAAGAGGACAGUUGGGGUUCGGGAUAUCCAUCUGAUGCUAGAGCAACUGCAUGGCUAAAACGCAACAUGGAUCCCGUAUUUGGAUGGGGUAGGAUUGCGGCUAAAGUCGAUUGGCCAAUUGAGGAAGACGACGAGACGAGUAGGUUAACGGAUUUCUUCAGUGCGGAUAAAGAUAAGGAUACGGAUGAGCUGGGGUCAUGGUUUGGAAGCUCAGUGGGAACGGAAAUCUUUUAG